AUGACAGAAAAAACCACAAAAUAUUAUAGUUUACAAGUUGUGUCACAAGAAAGAAUAUAUAAUUUUUUAACAAAGAUUAGUGUUUUUGCAUCAGAUAAAAUUGCACAGGAUUUCAUUCAUUCAAUAAUUGACCAAAUUUGCGGCAGAAUAGUUUCAUUUGACAGAUUCAUAAAUGAAGAGAACGAAAGAAUAGUAAACCAACUUAUUAGGGUUUAUUCUUUAUUUAUUAAUAGAGUUGUUGGUAGAGAUUUAAAGAAGGAAUAUAUUUGUGAAGAUUUAAAAACAGCCAAUGUUGAUGGUCUUUAUAUUAAUGUUAUAGCAGAUUGUAUUAUUUCAAGAUUUACAGAUAUUAAAAGAGAAUUAACAGAAAAACUUUCAACUAUUAGUUCAUCAUCACUUUCAGAUUUUGAUUGGAAAAUGAAUGCAAUUCUUUCAAGUGAUAGAAUCAAUAUUGUUCAAGAAAAUGUUUUAUUAUUAAAUCUUACAAUCGAAACCAAUCACAAUGAUAAAAAAGAACAAGUUUUAAUUGAAUUAACCAAAAAAGAAUUAGACCAUAUUUUAGAAGUUUUCGAUCAAAUCAACGAUGUUAUUCAAUCAUUAAAAGUUUAA